UUCUCCAUAGAAAGGAAAUUAUCAUAAAGGUGUGUUACAGACAGAGAAAGAGAGAGAAAUGGGGGAUCUUUCGCCGGACAAGAAAUCGGGUUGUGGUGCCAUGCUUCUAUACGGUUUCCGAGGCCGAAGCUUCUGGCCCAGAAGAACACAAUCUGCGAGCGAUUUACCCUUAGCAACUAGCAAGACCAUUCUGAAGCUCCCCAGCUCUAAUUCGAAGCGGAGGCGUGGCGGAUUCGAUGAUUCUGCCGUCAUCGACUCCUACACCUUGACUGAAUCUCCGCCAAAGCUACCUGAUAAGCCCCUUGUCAAAGCUGCCCCUCGUAACCCCAAGGCUUAUCAGAAUCAUCAACCCAGAAAACCCUCCGAUGGCGGCGAUGGAGGGGCAUUGGUGGUUCCUUCAAACACAUCCACGGCAUUAACAGCAAAGGUAGUGCCAACGACAAAACAAAUUGGGCAAGGAAGAAGAGUGCCAAAGGAGGCGAUAGGCAUUUCAGGGGAGCUUGAAAUCAUGAUCGCUGAUCAUCAGAGAUCCAAGGGAAGCAGCAAUCUGGUUCGAGCUUCGUCAAGCAAUGUGUACCUCUUUGGUCAUUUGGGUAACAUUAGGCAACCAGGAGGAGGAGGAGCAAACCAACAACAACCCACUUCCAAUUCCACCGCCGACAAUGUUCUGGAAUACCUCCCCAAGACUGCUCGAGAGAAUGCCAAUGGAAGAAAGACAAACGGUAACAAUGGUGGUGUAAUGGGAAAUAUAGUGAGGAGAGGUAGUAAUGAAGAGAGCCAAGAACAGCAGAAAUCCCUUUGUCGAGCUCUGUCGAGGAGAUUAGAUCCAGAGGAAUUGAAGGUGAUUGGUAACGAGGAGUACAAGAAGGGUAAUUUUGCAGAGGCAUUGGCAUUGUACGAUCGAGCAAUGGUGUUGGAUCCAGAUAAAGCUGCGUAUCGGAGCAACAAGAGCGCGGCCUUGACGGGUAUGGGUAGGCUUCUUGAAGCUGUUUUCGAAUGCAGGGAAGCAAUCAGAAUCGAUCCUUCUUACCAAAGAGCUCAUCAACGUUUGGCCACAUUGUAUCUGAGAUUGGGAGAGCCAGAGAAAGCUUUGAAUCAGUAUAAGCAGUCGGGACCCGAGGCCAGCUUUGACGAUUAUGCGAAAGUUCAACAAGUGCAGAAACAUGUGAACAGAUGCAACGAAGCUCGGAGAAUGAAGGACUGGCAGACAUUGCUGAAAGAGAGCAGAAGUGCGAUAUCCUCCGGCGCCGAUUCAGCUCUUCAGGUCUUGGCAAUGCAAGCUGAGUCAUUACUGAAGCUUCAGAAACAUGAAGAUGCGGAUAACACGUUAACGCACGGGCCGGUCUUCGACAUGGACGACUGCAAUAAGUUCUUCGGCACCACUACCUACUCUUAUAUAUUGCAAAUACGAUCCCAAGUUGACAUGGCCGCCGGCAGGUUUGACGACGCGGUAGCGGCAGCUCAGCGAGCGACUCGAUUGGAUUCGAGUAACAGAGAGGUGAAUGCAGUGGUGAGGAGGGCAAGAGCGGUGUCGGCGGCAAGGAACGGUGGGAACGAGUUGUUCAAAGCUUCUAAGUUCUUGGAGGCGUGUGCGGCGUACGGUGAAGGGUUAGAGAACGACCCGCUCAACUCGGUCUUGUUAUGCAACCGAGCCGCGUGCCGAUCCAAACUAGGUCAGUUUGAGAAGGCGAUCGAGGACUGCACCACUGCUCUCAACUUGCGCCCUUCUUACAGCAAAGCCAGACUACGCCGAGCCGACUGUUACACCAAGUUGGAGCGGUGGGAGGCAGCCGUACAAGACUACGAGAAGUUGAAAAGAGAAAUGCCAGCGGACGAGGAAGUCGGCCGGGCCUUGUUGGAGGCCCAAUUGCAGCUCAAGAAUCGGCGGGCCGUCGAAUCCCAUGUUGACAUCAUCGUCGUUACCAGUGACGAGCGUUUCAGACACUUCGUAAUGUCGCCUGGAACGUCUGUGGGGCUCUUCUGCAACAACUCCUGCGACGAGCAAAUCUUACAAACCAUGAAGCAUCUCUGCAAAAGAUACCCGUCGGUCAACUUCCUCAAGGUGGAUGUUGAGGAGCAACGAAGCCUAGCCAAAUCAGAAGGAGUUGUUGGGAGUUCGGCGGAACCAACUAUUAAGAUAUACAGGAAUGGAUCAAGGGUCAAAGACAUUCCCUGCAACGAUCUCGAGCUGUUAGAGAGCUCUGUUAAAUAUUUUAUCAGUUGACGUAAACAAACAGGGGACAAAGACGAUAAGAAAAGAAUCCCUCAAC